GUUCCACUCGUUUACGCUUUACGGGAAGCUGGAUAGUCUUCUUGCCUUGGCGCAACAUGUCAUUGCUUCUUUCUAUUUAUUACUCGGGCCUUCACGUCAUUGUACGCCUUAUAAUCUUCACUCUACCUGCAGGCUUUAGCAUCCAAUCGUUCUAAUGUCUUGCUCCAAAAGGCUUCGAAUAAACCAUUCAUCAUCAUAUAUUCGUCCUUUAUCUAUUCCUUCUUCUUCUCGAAACCUUUCAUCAUGUAUUGAUCCUUAUUCCAAGGUGUACGAUGUAUUCCUCAGUUUUAGGGGCGAAGACACCCGUAAUAAUUUUACCGACCAUCUAUAUCAGGCUUUGGUUGAUAAAGGGAUUAGCACCUUUAAGGAUGAUGAAAAAAUUGAGAUUGGAAUACCCAUUUCCCAGGAACUCAUGGAUGCAAUUGAGAAAUCGAGCAUGGCAGUCAUCGUGUUGUCAAGAAAUUAUGCAUCUUCCGCAUGGUGCUUAGAAGAACUUGCAAGAAUUAUUGACUGCAUGAAAGAGAGGGAGAUGAGAGUUUUGCCCAUUUUCUACCAGGUGGAUCCUAGUGAUGUGAGACAUCAGACGGGCACUUUUGCAGAUGCCUUCACCGGACAUGAGAUACGUUUUGAGAAGGACUCGGAGAAGGUGCGAACAUGGAGAAAUGCUUUGCGAGAAGUGGCAAAACUCUCCGGACGCCAUUUACAGAAUAGGGGUGAGUCAGAGUUUAUCAAAAUCAUUGUUGACGGUAUAUUUCGUGAAUUGAGUGAUACACUCUCGAUUGUUGAUGAGGGUAACCUUAUUGGAAUAAUAUAUCCCGUCAGAGAAUUAUUGGUUUCACAUCUACAACUGAGGCGAAAUGAUGAUGAAGUACGCUUUAUAGGACUAUGCGGGAUGAGUGGGAUAGGCAAGACAACUCUUGCGCGAGUUGUAUUUCAACGAUUCCGUUCUAGAUUUCAAGCUUGCAGCUUUCUCGAAAAUGUUAGUGCAGAAUGUAAUGUGGAUGCUUUGCUAGAAAAACUCCUUUCUGACAUGAAGUUGAGGAGUGAAAAAGAUAAGUGGGAUGCAAGUAAGGGAAGGGCGGUGAUAAAGAAUAGACUGCGUUUCAAGAAGGUUCUUAUUGUUCUUGAUGAUGCUGAUAAAAAAGAACAAUUAGAAACAUUAGUGGGGAAUUGCGAUUGGUUCGGCAUGGGGAGUAGAAUUAUUAUAACCACGAGAGAUAAGCAUUUGUUGAUAAGUCAUGGAGUGCCAAAUGACAAUAUAUACAUGGUUAAAGGACUGAAUGAAUAUGGUAAAGAUCUUGAUUUGAAGCUCUUUUGUCUAGAAGCCUUCGGCAAACCCGAUUGCGGAAUAGAUUUUUUGGAAAUAUGCAACGAUUUUGCACGUUAUGCUAGAAUAGAUUUUUUGGAUCUAUGCCUAGAUUUUGUAGGCUAUGCUAGUGGCCAUCCGCUAGCACUUAAAGUCUUGGGAUCCUCUUUAUUUAAAAAAGAAAGAGAGGUAUGGCAAAGUGCUCGAGAUAAAUUAGAAGCAAUUCCUAAUAGGGAUAUUCAGAAAAUACUUCAGAUUGGUUUUGAUGCACUCGAUGACACACAGAAAAAAUUAUUUUUGGAUAUUGCGUGUUUCUUCAAUGGUGAUUACAAAGAUCGAGUAAUAGAUCUACUGGAAGGUUUAGGUUGCUACCCCACCAUUGAUAUUGAAACUCUUGUUGACAAAUCUCUCCUUACCAGUUCUGGGAAAAAAUUGUGGAUGCAUAAUUUAUUACAAAAAAUGGGUUGGGAAAUUGUUCGUUGUAAACACCGUCAGAAUCCUGGAAAAUGGAGUAGAUUGUGGCUUUUUGAUGAUAUAGUUGAUGUGCUAAAAGAAAAUACAGGGACAGAUAAAGUUGAGGGCAUAAUGAUGAAUACGCCACCCUGUGAAAUACAGUUGAAGGCUAAGGCCUUCUCAAAGAUGAAAAGGCUAGGAUUGCUUAAAAUCUGUAAUGUGCAACUUCCUGCAGGCCUUGAAUAUCUUUCUACUAAGUUACAUUUGUUGGAAUGGCACGACUAUCCUUUGACUUCCAUGCCAAAUAAUUUCCAGCCAGACAACCUUGUCGAAGUGAUUAUGCCUCGUUGUCGCUUUGAGCAACUGCCCAAGAGAUUUAGUAACUUGAAAAAUUUGAAAGUCCUUGACCUCAGUGACUCCCAAAACUUAAUCAAAACACCUGAUUUCACUGGUUUAUCAAAUCUUCAAAGGCUGAUUCUCCAAGGUUGUACUAGAUUGUACGAAGUGCACCCAUCUAUGGAAGUUCUCAAUCGACUUGUUCUAUUAAAUCUCAAAGAUUGCCCGAGUCUAGCUAGCCUUCCAUACGAGAUCAACUUGGAAUCUCUAAAAACUGUUAUCCUAUCUGGCUGUUCAAGCCUCAUUAAGUUUCCAAAGAUCGGGGAAAAUAUGAAAUGUUUGUCAGAGCUUUACUUGGACAAGACGGCGAUAGAAGAGGUACCAUUAUCAAUUCAGAAUCUAACUGGUUUGACUUUACUAAAUCUUUCCGGUUGUAAGGAUCAUCCAUCUGAAUCAUGGAAUUGGUUGCUCUACCUCUCAACACUAACCUCUUUAAAUGCUCUAGACUUGAGUGAUUGCAAUCUAUCAGACGGAGCAAUCCCUGGCGAUCUUAGUGGCUUAUCUUCACUUGAGUCUCUAAUUUUGAGCAGAAACAAUUUUACAUGCUUGCCUGAUAGCAUUUCUCAGCUUUCCAAGCUUAAAUCCCUCUACUUGGAUAAUUGUAGCAAGCUGAAAUUAUUGCCCAAUUUUCCCUCGAGUACACAAUUAGUAAUGGCACGUGAUUGUUCUUCACUUGAAAAUUGUUUAAAUCAAGUUACAGUGUGGACUUCAUGCAUAACUGGAUUCACAAUUAUUAACUGCCUCAGCUCUGUUGAUGAUGAAAAAUCCAAAGUUUCUUUCCAAGAUCUGCACUUCCAGCCACGGUGGAGGCCAUACGAAGAGCCAAUUCGGUAUGGCAAAGGAUUUCUUAGCCCACUACCUGAUACUCAAAUUCCAAACUGGUUCCACCAUCAGAACCACGGGUCAUCUGUAUCAAUCCCAUUAUCACCUGAUCUAUCCAAAAAUAGUAGUUGGAGAGGAAUUGCAGUGUACACUGUUUUUGAAGUCGAGAAAAAUUUUGGCAACGUUUCUCCUGCUCAGAAAUCACAUAAUAUGCACGAGGUGAUAUAUCACUUUGACAUGCAGGAUGGAGCUGAACUUGAAGAUUGUACCAUAUUCUUUCAUUCCCCUAAAUGCCAAAUCGGUUUUGAUUAUUCUAGACUCUGUCUAUAUAUCUCGCAUGAGAGGUUUAGGGACCAUUUAGACAGACGUAGCUGCCUUAGCCCUUCAAUUUCAACCAAUUGCCCAAGCGUUCGGUUUAAAGCAUGUGGCGCUCGAAUUCUCUAUGAACACGAUAUGGUUGAGUUCAUAGAUAUUUUAAGCCGAAGAGGUUGCGGUAUCCGUCACUAUUCUAGAAGCAUUGAGGCUUUCAAGAGCCAUUUCCCUCGAAAUGUGAUUGAGAAACUGCCGGACUUUGAUGGAAGUUCCGUAUACAAUUUGUGUUUUUCUGUAUCAAUUCAAAAGUUGUUCCCCUCUAUAAGCAGAGAUCCCUCAGUGGCAUUUGAUUCACCUAGUAACUGGUACAAGGAUGGGUCUUGGAUGGGACUUGCUCUAUGCGCUUCUUUUGAUGGCCUUGAGCAUUCAUCAACUAACAUGGAUGGCUAUCCGGAUACAGAAGUUCCUAAUAAGUACCACCUUACCUUGUCUUUUAAAACCGAUAUGGGUAGUCUGGAACGGUUCCAGACCUAUUGCCUCACUGAAAAAGAUCUCAUGUCGUUACCGCGACUGCGAGGACGUAGAUUGGAAUGGUUGUGUUAUAUGCCGCGUGCAUCGUUUUCGGACUGGUUGAAUGGGUGCUCUUUCAUUGAGGCUUCAAUUGCAACCGACUACCCCGGCUCAACAAUGCACCAGUGUGGGUUCCGUCUUGUGUUCCAACAUGACGUUUUGUUUCAGGGAAUAGUACAAAUUCUAGAUGCAUGCCCUAAUACACCGCGGCGGUCAAUUAUUAGGGUUGUAGAGCAAAAUUUUGAAUUCAGUUUCGAUUAAGGUAUUAAAAUGAAAUAUUUCGAUAU